AUGUCCUUCCUCCGGCGCAUCUCCAACGCCGCUCAAUCUUUCCUCCCCAGCGCACCCUCUUCAUCUGGGACACCCGCGCCUCAUGUCCCCCGUCGCGCGACCGAAACCUUCCGAGGCGGACGCCUAGACUCGAUCAAGGAUGAAGAAUACGAAGAGUCUGUAGCGUCAAGGGCGUCGUGGGAGCUGUCAGACGAUGGCUCAUACCGCUCUGGAUCGUCCUCUUCCUCGGGGUCAUCGCGGUCAUCCCUCGAGUCGAAGCGCAGCUAUGAGACCGAAUCAUCAGAGGAGGAUACCGAUUCCGAGGCGGAAAUAGACGGGCGGCCCAGGGAUCGGUUUGACAUGAUGACGAGGCACCUGUGGAACGUGGCGGAGAGGCAGGGGUGGUUCAGAGAUGCCCACUUUGACGGUCUCGUCUCCAUUCGAGUCAAAAAGCGAGUACUGCGUACAUAUCCGGAGGCGAAACAAGGGAAGAAGAACUACAAGGAGAUGGUGCAGCGAGUCAAAGCGUGGGACUCUGCGCUGGGUACCUUGAAUCCGGAGGUAGCCAUGAAGAUCACCUCGAAAGUCGUUCAGUCCAUCAUGUCCAGAUGUCCCGACGACGCAAUAGAAAUCAUGCUCGACGUCAACACUCGGAUCCAGAUCCUUGACGAGCUGUCUCACCUCGCCGGAGCUCGAAAACACCAGUUCGCCGCCUUCAUCCGCCAAGAACGGUGUCUAGUGGUGUGGGCGGACGAAGUGGAGACCAUCAUUCCCUCGGCGGAAGCGCUCGAGCAGCGGAUGAUGAAUUAUGUCUGGCAGAGUCGGCAUGAUGAGCUUGCGGUUCUUGAGGCGGAGACCAAGGAGGACGAGGAGGGAUGGAUCGAUCAGGAUGCGGAGAAGGAGAGGCAACUUGUAUUGGCGGAGGAAGGCGAGGAGCAGGUCGGAGCGGAGCCAGGCAGCUGGGAGAUGCGGGAUAAGAGACCGGUGAUGCUCUAUGCGCCGCUGGUGUCUGGGCUGGCUAUCAUCUUGACUUGUCUCUUCAUCGGUUCCGGUAUGCGACAACUCAUCCGGGAAUGUCUGCUCGAUGCCAACUGGGCCCGUCUCGCUCUCCUCGCUACCUCUCCUUUCGGCUUCCUUCUCGCCAUCUUCUUCUCCAUCUGUGUCUGCGGAAACCUCUGGCAAAUGUUCGGACCCGUCGCCCAAUGUCACCAAAACUCGUCCUACUACUCUGGCCGCGCGCCUGAACGCAUGCUCGGUCGUCUCCCGCACAUCACCAUCCAGAUGCCCGUCUACAAGGAGGGAUUGGAGGGUGUCAUCAUUCCCACCGUCGAAAGUCUCAAGAAGGCCAUCACCACUUACGAGCGACAAGGCGGCUCGGUAAACAUCUUCAUGUUUGACGACGGGAUGCAGAUCUGGGACGAGGAGGAACAAGAGAUUCGAAAGGCGUACUAUGACCGUAACAACAUCGGAUGGACCGCGAGGCCGAAGCACGGCGCGAAUGGGUUCAAUCGACCAGGACGAUUCAAGAAGGCCUCGAACAUGAACUUUGGGAACGCACUUUCCCUCCGCGUCGAGGAGCUCAUGGACGAGAUCCGCCCCGAAGCGCCGGAGGAUGAUCCAGAAGCCAUGGCUGAAUGGCAAUGGACCGACGAGGAUGAGAAAGAGAUCUACGAUGAGGCGCUCGCUCGAGCUAUCGACGAGACCGAGGGAAUCGCCUGGGCAGCUGGUAAUAUUCGGGUCGGAGAGUUGAUCCUCAUCAUCGACUCCGAUACCCGUGUGCCGGAAGAUUGCUUCCUGGAUGCUGCCUCUGAAUUCUUCAACUCGCCCAACAUUGCCAUCAUUCAGCACGAGUCUGCCGUCAUGCAGGUCGUCGGCCAUUUCUUCGAGAACGGUAUCACCUCCUUCACCACCCGUAUCAACUCUGCCAUCUCCUUCUGUACCGCCAACGGCGAAGUCGCGCCUUUCGUCGGACACAAUGCCUUCCUCCGGUGGAAAGCUGUCCAGGAUGCCGCAUUCAUCGAUCCGGCGGAUGGCAAGAAGAAGUGCUGGUCGGAGAGUCACGUUUCGGAGGACUUCGACCAGGCUUUGAGGCUGCAGAUGAAGGGAUGGAGUAUCAGAUGGGCGAGUUACUCGAACGGAGGAUUCCAGGAGGGUGUAUCUUUGACUGCCGACGAUGAGCUCAAUCGAUGGCAAAAGUACGCUUACGGCUGCUCGGAACUACUCUUCCAGCCUCUGCGCCGAUGGCUCACCCACGGCCCGAUCACACCCCUCUUCCACCGUUUCGUCUGGGCCCAGGGUAUCCCUCUGCACUCGAAGAUCUCCGUUCUAGCUUAUAUCUCCUCCUACUACGCUAUCGCCUGUGCCAUGAUCCUCUCGGUCCUGAACUGGGUGCUCGUCGGUAUCUUCAGCGACGUACUUGACCUCUUCUAUCUCGAGUCAUGGCAGGUCUUCCUGACAUGUAUCGUCGUCUUCUCUGGGCUAUCUAACGUAUCCUCCGCUGUCUUUCAAUACCGUCUGAACGCCAAUUCGAUCGGAAACGCCCUGAUCAACAACUUCAAAUGGGUCAUCUUCUUUUUCUUCUUCUUCUGUGGCUUGCCAUACCAUCUCUCCACUGCUUUGCUUGCCCACUUGACAGGGUACAACAUGCAGUGGGCGUCCACCAUCAAGGAAGUCGAGCUAUCCCACUUCUUCAAGGAAUGGCCUGCAAUGUGGAAGCGAUUCUGGACUGUCUGGAUCCUGUCAUGGGUCAUUAUCGUCGGCGUCGCCAUCAUGGCCAGCAACAUCGUACCCGCCGGAUACAGAAUAACAAAUUUCACCUGUAUCCUGCCAUGUAUGGUGACUGCAUGCUGUCACUUCCUGUAUCCUAUUGUGCUCAACCCCUGGUUGCUGCUCUUCCAAUUCUAA